GUGCUGCCCGUCCCCUCCCCCUCCCUGUCGAGGCGAGCGAUCGGACGACGAGUGCUUUUUAACCGGACCCGACUGGGAUUAAACGGCCAAAGCCCGGCGUCGAGGCCUCUCUCUCUCUCUCUCUCUUUUUGGUUUUGCGGUAUCGGCGCAGCUCCAGGAGUCGGACUCGGAAUUUGUGCGUGUGGCGUGUGUGAGAGGGAAGAGUUAGUGCGAGCCGUAUCCAGGGCCCUGUCCUCCUCCUUGUUGUUUCCCCGCCGCCGGGGGCAGGGAAGACGCGCAGCGCACACGCUCUCUCGCACUGCAUCAGCUUGGCAGUCCCAGGAAGUGCAGGCGAGACCGGCAGGCAGAUUCUUUGACAAGCAAAAUUCUCUCUACGGAGCCAGAAAGCAGACGGCUCAUGACUUCUGACCAGGACACUAAAGUUGUGGCUGAACCGCAGGUGCAGCAAGUCCAAGAGGUUGUUGACAGUACCCCACUGGAGUCUGUGAAGGUUUCAGAGUUGAAUCCUAAUGCCAAAGUAUGGGCAAAUCAUGUGCUAGAACUGGAUGCUGCUGCGAACAAUGCCUGUGAAGUUUGGGAAGAGCAAUUGGGGGCUCCUGAGGCUUGCCCAGAAGGAUUUGAAACCAAUGGUGAUGCUGCCAAAUCAUUUCAGAGUCCAUCACAGGAGUCCUCUCUGACUGUUCCUUCCUCUGAACAAACUGAUCUGGAUGCUGUUACACUGCAGUGCUCUGAAUCUUAUUACUCAGAGUAUGAUGUUAUGCAUGGAACCAGACAAACAGGAGGAGGAGAUCAAUCUCUUUUAGAAGCUCAGACAGUUGGUCAAGAAGACCUGAGGGAAUUGCUGAAAAAGACUCUGGAGUUUUGCUUGUCUCGUGAAAAUCUGGCCACUGACAUGUACCUAGUAUCCCAAAUGGACAGUGAUCAAUAUGUGCCAAUACUGACUGUAGCAAAUCUUGAUCAUGUGAAGAAACUGAGCACAGAUGUGGACUUAAUUAUUGAAGUUUUGAGAUCAUUGCCUUUGGUCCAAGUCGAUGAGAAGGGGGAGAAGGUCAGGCCAAAUCAAAAUCGCUGCAUCGUUAUUUUACGAGAAGUACCAGAGUCGACACCUAUUGAGGAAGUUGAAGCACUCUUUAAAGGAGAAAAUUUCCCAAAAUUCAUGAGUUGUGAAUUUGCUUACAAUGACAAUUGGUUUAUUACCUUUGAAUCAGAAGCUGACGCACAACAGGCAUACAGAUACCUUCGAGAAGAAGUAAAAACCUUUCAAGGGAAGCCCAUCAAGGCAAGGAUAAAAGCAAAGCCAAUGGCUAUCAACACUUUUCUACCAAAGAAUGGUUACAGACCUCUUGACAUGAACCUAUACACUCAGCAGAGGUACACAUCAUUUUAUGUGCCUCCUAUCUACAGCCCUCAGCAGCAGUUUCCACUUUACAGCCUUCUUGCUCCACAGUCUUGGUCUACAACCCACAGCUACCUGGAUCCAACACUGGUGUCUCCAUUCCCAAAUGCUGGCUUCAUAAAUGGAUUUACUGCAGCCCCAAACUUCAAAACUGCUACAGCCCCUUUGACCUCACUCAGACAAUAUAACCCUAGAAACAGGAACCACAGCAAAUCUCAUCUCCGCCCCACAUUGCCGAGCGCAGAUCGUGGACCAGGACUAUUAGAGAGCCCAACGAUAUUUAAUUUUUCGACGGAUCGUCUAUUGAACGGUGUACGAAGUCCUCAGAUGCGACCGGCCGGGCCUAAUAGGACACGGAUCCAUAGCAAUGCAGCUUAUAAUAAGAGAGAUUUUGGAAUUGCCAGGUCAGCGGAACAAAUCAAUGCUGAUUCAUCACCCAGCAUGGGUCGAGGAAGGAAGAAUUCGUAUGGAUACAGGAAGAAAAGAGAAGACAAGUUCACGAGAUCCCAGACACAGUCCCCUCCUCCACCAAAGCCGCCAUCACCCAACUUUGAACUAGGAUUGUCCAACUUUCCCCCUUUGCCUGGUGCUGCAGGCAAUCUGAAGACUGAAGAAGUUCUUGAGAACAGACUGUCCAAUGUCAAAGUAAUUCCAAAAGAGAAGACACAGAUAGUACAGAGUAUAAAUGUUGAUGCAAGUACCAACACUAUUCCUUCGGGAAUACCUAGGGAGACGUUACCAUCCAUAUCUCCAGCUGCACCGCCAGUGAGUUCAAAGGCCUCCCCUUCACCACCUCAUUCUCCAGAAAUUCAUGAAAUGAAGAAUCAAGAAACCAAGCAGAGAGAGACACAGACUCCAUUAGAAAGACUGACCACACCUCUUUCCACUGCAAGUAAAUCAGUACAAGUCAAUGGUGCAGCCACAGAACUUCGAAAGCCUAGUUACGCAGAGAUAUGCCAGAGAAGUGCUAAAGAAUCUUUAACACUACAACCACAGAAGGAGCAGAAACCCAACACUGCAGUCAACAACAAAGAUGACAAAAAAGCUCCGGAGGAACCAGUUGAUAAAGAGUCUAAACACAAAGACCUACCUGUUGGAAAAGCAAACCCAGGAAAGCCCAGAGAGCAGCGAAGACAAUCGGGUCGAAGAACACCCCCUCAGGGCAUCAACAAGCGUACAAAUAAAGAGCAGCAUACUCCCCCAAAAUCACCCAACUGAAGGUGCAGAAAUUGUGGCAUUGGUUAAAGGGGCUGGUCUGUUCAAGUGUAAUUCCCCCUCCCCUCCCCAAGUCUCCCAAUCAGAGCACAGAGGUUGUUGAAAUAAUGGGGUUGCUGGAAAAGUGGUUGAAGGCAACAAAAGCACUUUUUUAUUGGGAGUGAGAGUGUAAUACUACUUGCCUUAGGGUGCCACUUUUCAAAAUUUGGUGAAACAUUGUGUAAUGUCUACUGUAAUUUAAUCUCUUGCUCAAUAAUAGAUUGGGAAAAGAAUUUUUUAACUAAUUGAAGGCAGGGGGAGUGAAUGGAACCAUGAUCAGCAAACUGGCUUGAACAUUAUGCUGCGGGCCAGAACGUGGUCUUUUAUGUUAUGUGUGGUUUGUUUUCUGUAAUUAUACAGGGAUAAAAUAUGGGGAGCAGUAGACGUUGGGUCUGCUUUCAUGGUGUUAAGCAGUGUUGCAGGUGGUUUUUCUAUUCCACAAAUCUAUUUAGUGCAGAAUGUGAUCAGUGUGCGAGUGCUGACAUAGAAAAAGAUAUUUUUUUGUUUCUACAUAGAGGCUAGUGGCUUGAAGUACAAAAAAAAAUCUCAAACCAGUUAGGCAUUUGUGGGAAUUAAUUGGAGUAAUAACCUGGAUGGUAGAUUUUAACAGGGAAUAAAAAGCUGUUGAAUUUUUCUUUUCUGUUAUGGCUGAGUUUCCAUUGUUCUUGACGCUUGAGUUUACUUUUGCACUAAGCGGGCAGUUGAUCUUUGGACAAGAGUAGGCUACUGUCUAAUGUGUAACACAUAGUGAUUAUGAAUCACUGCAAAAGACUGGUUUGUGUACCUCUGUGCUCUAACAUAGGUGAUGACAUUUGUUUAUUUUUAAUGCUCUUUUUCCAAGUGCUUUUUUAAAAAAAGAAACUGAACUCCCAGUCAAUACACUGGCAUCUUUCUAAUUUGGUACUUGCAGAGUACUUGAAAUGGGGUGAGAAUUAAAGUUUGGAGUGGAAUUCCCCAGAAUUUUCAUGUUUUUGUCUUGCCAGUUUUUUUUCUAAUAGCGAUUCAUCUCUGCUGUGUGUAAAAUAUUAGAUUAGUUGCUGAGUUUUUUUUAAAGAAAAUAUAAUGUUGAAGGACUAGUGCACUGAGUCUACUGCCUUCUACUAAUAUUGCAGGUGAUAUGUGGAUGCUUCUUGUUUUGCUACACAGGAGUAUUGGCUUUUUAAAUUCCUAUGGCUAGUGGUCAUAGUAAUCCAGACUAACUUAACUGCUUCCAAAGAGAGCAGUACAGCACUAGGCACAAAUUUGCUAGUCAUAGGAGAAAAUGGGUAAGUUAUUCCAUAAAGGUUAUUAUUAUUUCAACAACUGUGUUCUUUUCAUGGUAUAAAUUAAUUUCCAUCCAGUGUCAAAAUGAGAAACUUGAAUUUCAUUUUAAACUUGAAAAUGACUUUGCCUUAACUUUUGUACGAGACAGAUUUAGAUGUUGCUAUAACUGACCCAGAGGGUUGGAAUGGGCAAGAUAAGGUUACUCAGUUACAUCUACUGUCACUAGUCUUACUGGGUAAAUCAGAUGUGUGCAAGCUAGCAGUAAAUAGCAUUUUUUUGUAAUAUAAUUUAUGAAAGAUCUUAAAAGUUGGGAUCCUUUUUUCAGAUUGUUAAAAACCCUGUAAAUGCAAAGAUAGUCAAUACUGUAUUAAACUUGUGCACUUGGAAGUGUGUGCUUUGCUUGUACAGUUGUAAAUAAUCAGAACAUAUAAAAGGUACCUUUAAAAACUGAUAUAAAAUAUUGAUAUUGUUAGCAUAUCCUCAAUGUUGCUGUUGAGCUGGAUGUAGCAAAAAUUAAGUGUUGUAGUCUGGAUUUUUUUUCCUGGUGUGUUAAACUGAUCCUGUGCUCACUGCUAAAGGGGAAGUUGGGGAAAAUCAGCAGUAAGGUAAAUGGCCUUUUAAUUAUCUUUCCUUUCAUUUUCCUCCACCCAUUUCCCUAAAAACUAAUUGAGCAGGUUCUAAAGAAUGACCUGGUAAUUUGCAUCAUUAUUUUGAAUCAUUAACAUCUCAGGUAACAGUUUAAAAAUGCACACGCCAAACAAGCUGAAAUUAUGUACGGACUUAAAUUUUAUAUAAUCGUGAGGUAGAAAAUAAUUGAAACAUUUGUGCCAUUACAUUUUCUUUUGCUGAGCGUGCUCUUUCCCCUGGGGUCGGUGUGUGCAGCAGUUUGACAAUUUGUGUAGGGUUAAAGUCAACUGUGGGUGAAUUUGCUUGGCUGCUGAAAGUACGGUGAUCAACGGCUGCAUCCAGUGAGAACUGCUCAAUAACACAACCAAUUCAUUAUCUUGUAGCCAACUGGUACAUUUUUAUUGUGAUGUUCAGCAUCCUGCUAUAAGUGUGAGUGCACUAUUAAUUAUUUGCUGUUUUUUUUUAGUAAAGGGCACACAAUUACUUGAUUUCUGUUACCAGAGCAUGGAGUUUGAUCAUAUCUGAUUAGACAGUUGUAGUGGAUACUGUUAUUUUCAUAACAGCAGCUGAAAUUGAAUUAUCUGUCACGGUUAUGGAGGCUUGCUGUGUUCACACACACACAGGUGUAAACGUGAGCGAGGCAGGAUAAUCUCAUGUGGAUAAAGCACUAAAACUUAGUAAAUCCACCAACAUGAAACAGCUACCUGUUUGUGUUGCACCUCAAUAAAGUUAGAUGAAGAUAUCAAAACCACAUGAUGUAUUGUGAAUGCCACAAUAGUACUGUUCAAUUGAUAUGUCACUGAGCUGUUAACAAUAUUUGUUGCAGCCAAUCAUAAUGACCCCUUUUGUCUGUCUGCAUGUAGUGCAGUUUAUAAAUGCAGGAGAUGGCCAUGAUGAUGCCUGUUGCUGUAUUUACUUCAGCUUGUUGCAAUUUUGUGUACUGUAACCAAUUACACUAACAGUGGACAAUUGAAGGGGAGGUAAUGGCAGAACCUGCUUUGGAGGAUAAAUAUUGGAAGCAUUGAGGGUUUUUUGUUUUGUCUUAAAAUGCUGCAAUACGAACUGGAAUCAAGCUUACAUGUAAACUAUUGGUAAUUUAAUUUUUCUUUGUGUCAUACAAUGCAAAACUGUCUCAUUUGAAAAUGUAGCUUCUGAAAAUAAAUUGAGUUAGCAAUUGUAAAAUCAAUUUCCUGUGUUAGUGUUCUCUGCAAUAUGAAUGGUAUUGAUCUCUAUAAUGCAACUAUUCUAUUUCAUGCUAUCUUAUAAUAUAAAUAUGAUGUUGUAAAAAUGACAUGCAUUUUUAGUUACUUCUGCUACUUUAGGUUUACAUUACAUAGAGCAAAAUGGACUGUGGUAAUUUAGCACCCAAAGAACACUGAGUUGUGUGCACUAAAUGCACACUAAAGUUCUUAAGCUUUAAAAUUGACUGUAUUAAAUAAUGGGACUUAUGCCAUAGUAACAAAUGGUGAUGGAAGGUAAAUCUGGACCACUACUUCGAGCAGCCUAGGACAAAGCAAAACUGAAGGCAUCUUUUGGACUAUUCAUGUAAAUUUGUGUUUUAGCUAAUUAAUGUUUGAAUCUCAAGAUUGAAGUUUGAAAUGAGGAUCAUUUCAGCAAAUUGAGAGAAGUUAUUCUAGCAAAAGUUUAUCAAUUUCAUUAUACGGAGAAUAUGAUGGGCAAUAUAUCGCAUACUUUUUCAAAAAUAUCAAAUUCAAACCGGUUUCUUGAAUGCUGUUUUGCUUGACUAUAUUUCUAACUUGGAAUUGAGUUGAAUUUUUGUUCAAUGGUCCAAUUAAAUAUGGUGUGCUUAGACUGGCACAUGUGUUGUACUAAAUAAUUAAAUGUUUAAUGUAUGACUAAAAUGGUCUCUUUCAUCCUCCACUUAAUUAUUGAAUUUUGUUCCCAAGAAAAAUUGAUAGGUCUGGUUUUAUUAUAACUUAAUCAUGUUCCUUGCAACGUUGUAUCAUGUUUGAAUUGGGGGUUUCUCUUUUUUGGCUCAUUGUUGUGAAAAUAAAAAUUGAUGGGUUUGCCUAUA